AUGACUCAAGCCGGGCAUUACAUUUCCAUCUCCGAGAAAAAUAAGAAACUUAUCCUUGCUAUUUUUGCUUCUUUCUUACUAGUUGCCACUAUAAUUGCCAUUGUCGCUGGUGUAAAUUCACACAAAAACUCCACCAAAAAUGCGGCUGCUCAUGCCCUACUAAUGGCCUCGUGCAACUCCACAAGAUAUCCUGAUUUGUGCUACUCAACUCUUGCCAGUAUCCCCGGAGUAGCCGACAAUGCGGCUGUCCCAAAAAAUGUUAUUCUAGGUUACAUAAACAGUACUGAAGAUGCUAUCAAAGAGAAAAGGUACGAAGCGGAUAAGCGCCUAGCCACCGGUGACGUCAAGGAACCAGAAAAGGGUGCUCUCCUUGAUUGUAUUAACAAUUACAAUAGCAGUCUUGCUGAUUUAGGCAAGGUUUCAAAGGCACUCGAUGCCAACCCCGACAAGAAACUACUUCAUCAACAAAAAUACGCUGAUGAUCUCAAAACCCAAGUGAGUAAUUGCAAAACCAACCAAGACUCAUGCUUGGAUGGUUUCUCUCACUCGCUGUUUAAGAAGGUCUGGCAGGGUUUAUUUUCUGGCGGUAAACAUGAUGCUGGAAUGAUGUGUAGUAAUGCACUGGCAUUGCUCACAAAAUUGAUCGAAGACACUAACGCCAUUGCCGAUGGACUUAAGACCGCAGACAGGAAGCUCAAGGAGGACAACGAUAGCAAAGAAGGGUGGCCGGAGUGGAUGUCAGAGAGCGAAAGAGGGCUCUUGCAAUCAUCAUCGUUGACUCCAGAUGUGGUGGUGGCAGUUGAUGGCAGUGGGCACUAUAGGACAGUAUCAGCUGCAGUUGCUGCUGCUCCCAGCCACAGCAGGAAGAGGUACAUUAUCAAAAUCAAGGCAGGUGUCUACAGGGAAAAUGUGGAAGUACCAAGUAACAAGACUAACAUCAUGUUUCUUGGAGAUGGAAGAAAAACAACUAUCAUCACAGGAAGUAGGAAUGUAGUUGCUGGCAGCACCCCCUACCAUUCUGCAACUGUUGGUAUGUCCAUUUUUUCCCUUCUUUCUGACUGCAAUUCCUUUUUCUUUUCAAUUUUUUCUAUGAAUUGA